AGAAGAGGAGCAGAAGCAGGAGCUGGAGCAGUCGAAUUGCGUGACUGCUGCGCGGAAAUUAUUAUCCUGAUUGGAGAAUGCGUUGCGAAUUGAAAUGGGCAGUGGCUCCAUGAAGAAUGCAUGCGAAAUGCAACUGGCCCCAAUAAGGACUCUCAAAGCUGACAGCUGGCAGCUGUAAACCAAUCAACUGCACUAUUUGGCAGCGACUCCAAAAUGCCAUGAAAUAUUAUGUGAACACUAAUAUGACACCUUCAACUAAAUUCGCGCACAGUCAGAGCCAAAAACACACACACACACCCACAGAGAGGGAGUCACUCGCAUACACAACUUCGACUCGCACGCCUUUAUUUAAGUUUUUUUUGGCGUGUGAAGUUGAGCUGUGGCUCAGUUGGAAUUUACGAUUUGAGCGGUCAAGUUGUUGUUUGCGCUCGCGCAGCGCAUGCUUUUAAGUAACGCGUCUUCCUAAUGUGCGACCCCUUGGACAUGGACAGUGGCCAAGUCAUGGCGGCUACUCGCAGGCAUUUACGGUUGCAACUCCUCCUGCUCGGUGCCCUUUUCUAAAAAGAGUGCGAAAGUGAACAGCAGCAGCAAAAUGGACUGGAAUAUCAGUGAUGGUGCCGAGGCGGAAUUCAAUUGGAAUCGUUCGUUCUCGGAGCCGGAUCUUUCAUGCAGCCAGAAGCAGCAGCACAGCGACCGCUUUACCAUCAAGCACCCCCAUGAGCACAUUGCCGUCGAUGAUCUCAAGUUCUUCCGGCGUCGUCAGCCCACACAGCUGCAUACGCAUAGCAACAUCUGCCUCUACAAUAGCGACGAGCCAACGUUAUCCUUUGGUUCGUUGAAGUCAGAGUACCGUAAACAUUAUUGCUGCCAGGGUCACGCCCAUUCGCGACCCCGUUCCCUGUUGAGGCGUGCCACAUCGCUGCGUCUGGAGGGCUUAAUGCAGCUACUGUCGGAGCAUCAGGAGAAAUAUCAUUGGUUCACGCCCGAGGAUCUGCAGUUUUCGCGCACGUUUCCAGUCCGCAACCCGGAGAACUUGCAGCUGGGCCGCAGCGCUGAGAGCAAUGGGCUUGGCGCGAUGAAGAACUCAUCGUAUCUGUCCUAUCCCAUGGUGGAUAGCGGCUCGCAAAUUCUGCCUCGGGAAAUGUUUCGCGAGGAGCCGCCCAACCGGCUGGCGAGCGAUAAGUUCAAGCGGGACGUUGCCGCCCAGGAGCAGCAUCGAUGCCAUCUGCAGAUGCGGGCAGAAGACACCGAGUACGAGGCAACACCAUCCGAGUACAAGCGUCAGUUUGUCGAGCAGUUUCCCAUCGAGAAGGCGCACUCCAUACCCCAGAUGAGCAGCAUCAAGAUGCAGGGCGAUUUUGUCACUGUGCCCGAGUAUCAGGACAGCUUCAAGAUGUAUGCCAACUAUUCGAAGAGUGCCCCCAUCAAAAAGCAUGACAAUCUGCGCGUCUCUGGCGCGGAACAGCAGAGCACCACAGAUGAUAAGCCAAGCGGCGGCGAUGUGGCCGAGUAUCGCGAUAAAUAUAAUGUCCCACCCAAGCACAUGGUCAAAGAGAAAUCGUUGAAGACGGACGACCAUCUGCGGCCGCGUGGCGAGUUCACCAAAGAGGUGCCCGAGUAUCAUGAGAGUUUCCGUGAUCCACAUAUCACCGAGAUGCCCGAGCGGGGCAAGGUGCGGGAGCCCUACCUGCGCCUGCGUGGCAAGAUCGAAUUUAAUCCCGAGUAUCGCAACAACUAUUUAGAUUUCCCACGCUCGCGUCCCGUGGUACACAAGCCAGUCUCCUCAUUUCGACUGCCCAAUACCACCAGCACGAACACCACCAAAACCACAACCAGCACCACCCCCACCAGUCCACGUUUGGAGCGUGAGCCUGCUGCUGCUGCUGCCAGCUACUUAACUGCCGACGAAUUAACUGCCACGCCCGAAUACCGAAGGGCCCAGUACAAUUAUCAGCUGCGAGAACGGGAGCGACCACGUGAGCACGUUCCACCUGCUGCGGCUCCAGCUGCAACGCCACCUGGUAAUUUGCGCAAGAGCUCGGAUUCCUCGUUCGAAGCGUCUCAUCUGCAGUCACAGGCCAAGCGACGUCCGUCGCGUCAUCGUCAGAUGAAGGAACCACCACCGGCUGUGCCCACUUUCGAGGAUGUCGCCAUUGGUGGCGGUGCUCAGAAACCGGCCAGAUACGGUAGACGCGCCUCUGUGCUGCAAAAUGCGGUCAACUGUCGCGACAAAUCCUCCAUCAUAGAGGGUAAUCCCAAGUAUGCUGUGGGCUGUCGCCGAGCCAAGCAGAACACUGAAAACCAGAAGGGAUCCUUUGUGGUGCUCGAUGAGCCUUGUAAGCCUUCCAAUUGGAUGAAGAAGACUUGGUAUGAUUCUUAGACAAAAUUCAUCAAUUAAAAUAAUAAAGAAUUUACUUAUUGAUAUAUCGAAUUCAAUUAAGUUGUUAGUCUUUAUAAUGGUAUUAAUAAAAUAAGCCCAGUUUUUGUUUAAUAUUUUUUUCAA